CGUCCUCUAAGUUUGAAGGGGCCGGGUCAGGAAGCCGAGUCACAACUUGUACAGAGCGAGGUCUCAGGUCUGGGCUAACUGAACUCAGGGCAGGGUAGCCGACGUGUCGCCCUGACUCCGCUGCGGUAGCGGCCGCUUCGUUUCCUAGCCAUGUCCGCCUUCCAGAAACUACCGGCCAGGAACUUCGAGAACUUGACUUUGGACUCUGGUUAUGGAGGAGCCGCCACCUCGUGUAGAUCGUCCUGCUUGUCCCUGUCUCACUCGGGAAGUACCUGGCGCUCCUAUCCCGGGACUGCGAACAAGACACACAUGGACAGCUGUGAUACUUUGGACACCGGCUUGGCAGAGGGCGCCGAGACUCUGGAGCCCAUGGACUGUUAUCCUAAACUGCCUCAUUUGGAAGAUGUCCCCUGGACCGAGCGAGAGGUUGAAGAUGUGUUAAGGCUGUGCAGACCCGGAGAAAGAUGCGCCGUGGACGGCGCCCUGGUUAAGAAACUCUCUACGUACCUAAGCAGGACUUUGGUUCGCCUCGCCAGAGAGGCGCAGAGAUUCAGUCUGAUGAGCGCCCAGUGCAGCAAACACGAAGUCCAAAGCGCCGCCCAGCUCGUCUUGUCCUGGUCCCUAUCGGAAAGUUGCAUGGCGGCUGCGGUCAGGGCUUUGUCCGUGUACAACAUGAGUUGCAGGGAGGAACUCAACAGGAGCAAGAGUUCCCAGUGCAACCUCAUCUUCUCGGUGGGACGCUUCUUUCGAUGGAUGGUGGACAGCAAGCUGUCGAGUCGCAUCCACGAGCACGCAGCCGUCUACAUGACAGCCUGUCUGCAGAACAUCCUGGAGCAGAUGUACCUGAGGUUGGUGGACAACCUGGGGAGCCGAGGGAAGGAACUGCCCGAUGCCCUGGAUAAGGCAUUGGACCAAGUCAUCGGCAGCGAUGCAGAUCUCUGGGGGUUAUUUCAGGCCAAUGACCAUCUGAUCUGCGGGAAAAACGCAUAUGGUGUACCUUGCCUUCCAUUGUACCUCAGCCAGUACCCGGAACGUUAUCAUCAGCAACUCUACACCCGCUUGGACCUGAAGAACCUGGAACAAGCAAUGCUGGCAUCUUAUGUGGGCACCAUCGCUGAACUCAGUCACUUGAUCUCUCAUGCAAUGUACUACCUCCACCAGUUUGGUGCAUUGAACCACAGCAAGGGGUCUCAGUUACAUUUCAAGAAGGGUCCGUACUCCUGGGAGCCUGAAGCUUUGCACAGCCUUUACUACUAUACACAGUGCCCGCAGAUGGAGUGGGAAAAUCUCAAUGAAGAACCUCCAAAAGUGAAACUAAGCAAUGAAAGACUGUAUGAGGUCCUCCCGCCAAUGGUUGAGUGGAUCAGGGUGUGCAUUACUCUGGCAGAGCACAGACACAGCUUGAUGGUGGACAGCAUUGAUGUUCGACAGGCCGCCCGCUUGCUGCUGCCAGGCAUGGACUGCGAACCACGACAGCUCAGGAUUACAGGCACUCCCUGCAUAUCCCGCGGACUGAAUGCCAAGCAGGCAGAGCUGAAGCUGAAGCAGGAUCUGGCCUUCCAGAUGUUGAGUGCUGGCCGCACUGAUCUGGUGGAUGCAGCUGUUGCAUUGCUGGGACCAGAGGGGAUCAAUACACUAAAUGAACAGGGGAUGACUCCAUUGAUGUAUGCAGCAAGCAAUGGGGAUGAGGCUAUGGCUCAGGUCCUUCUGAACUCUGGAGCAACUAUUGAUAUCCAGGUACCCAGUAACUCCCAGCAGUACCCAUCCAUCCAUCUGGAGACUCGACACUGGACUGCCCUCACCUUUGCCGUGGCAUUUGGUCAUCUGCCAGUUGCACAGUUACUGUUGGAUGCCGGGGCCGAUGUCGAAGGGUGUGUUAGUGAAGAAAGCUGGUCAGAUACUCCACUACAACUUGCAGCUGCAGCAGGUCAUUUUGAUCUGGUUUGCCUUUUGCUGCAAAAGGGAGCCGACCUUCUGGCGGGGACCAUGGACAAAGGUGGUGUUACUGCAUCUCUGCAUGGGAUUGCUAAUCCUUUCAGCCAAGCUGCUGCCCAUGGGCACAGGAAUGUGCUGCAGAAGCUUCUUUCACAGCCGGACACCGUGAACACUGAUUUUGUGUCUCUGGAGGACAUCCUCGCCGAGGGGGCGGAGAUGAGCAAGCAGCAGGCUCCGAAAUGCGGGCUUAGUCGCAGUAGCAAAGCUCGCAGAAAAGCACUGCAGGACGCCCUGUAUCAGAGUGCCGAACACAACUAUCUCGACAUCAGUGUAGAACUGCGCAAGCUGGGUGUCCCAUGGACUGUGCACUCAUGGCAGAAGUCCCUGCAGACCUCGUUCACUCAAAGUCACUGGUCCAUUACUCUGGAUCUGCUGAAGGAGUUCGAUAGUCUGAAAGAUGUGUACAGCGAGGAAAUGAUCUCCCAGGGCCUGCCCCUCAUGUUCAACAUAUUCCACUUGAGCAAGAACGAUGCUAUUAUUCGACAGUUAGCUGCCAUUUUCACUCACUGCUACGGACCCUACCAUAUCCCUAUGAUCCAGGAGCCCAAGGAGAAAAGCAGUGUUCCAGCAGAGCCUGUCCGCCUGAACAACCAGGAACAUUCAGACGUCACCUUCCUCGUGGGAGGGAAACCGUUCUACGGUGAUUGUGCGCUGCUGUCUUCUGCCUCACCCCGGUUCAAAGAACUCAUUGAAGCCUGCGCUUCCAACACUGCCGAGGCCAACAAUCCCAUUGAGAUAAAGGAUGUAGGGUUUGAAACAUUUGAGUGUCUGUUUCAUCACAUUUACAGUGGAGGGACAGAGAGAAUGGACAUCAGUAAAAGCCGAGCCUUGGAGGUUCUCACAGCUUCCAGCAUCUUCAAACUAGAGUCGCUUAAGCAUCACUGUGAAGUCGUGUGUUCUAGGGACUUGACCCUUGAUGACAUUUCAAAUACCUACCAAAGGGCGAAGGUCGUGGACGCCUCAGAAUUGGUCGCCUACUGCAGUGGAUACUUUCUGAAGAACAUGCUGUCUUUAUUGGAGCAGGACUCUUUCCGGCAGCUACUGAAGAAUGAGGCAGUAAAAUCUCAUCUACUGGCCGACCUACAUCAAGCUCUGGCCGCCAGGAUGCAGGCAGUUUAUCAGCCCAUCUCGAAGGAAACCAUGGCUACUUCCUGACAAUACACUGGCGGUAUGGACAACCCUCCUGGACAUCAUGGUCUGUGAGCAGUUAGUGGGCAACAGUCCCUGUGAUGGAUCAGUUUCGGUGAACCAUCCCACCGAUGCAUCUUAAGAGCAUCUCCGCCAGUUACGAUCCGUGACAAGCAGAGACAUUAAACGUAUUUCAGAUGGUAGAGAACAGAAGAACCUUUUACAACUUGUCGUCUAUUCAUGCAACAACAGCUUAUCUUAAAGUUAAACUUACCUGAAGUCGGCUAGUAUCGCGGACUGGUUGUUUAUGGUCUCCCAAUGGAUCCUUGGUCUGAGUCAUGUAUGUAUGUAUGUGUGUUAUAAUCUCACUGAAGUGACAAUAUGAUUUAUAGAAGGACUAGGCAAAGCUUUGUGUGAUACCUGGAAACAGCAUGGGCUGUUACAGGACAGGCGAUCUCAGGCAUUCAAUUCCGAGACUUAACUGAGCCUCAUGCAUGUUUGCAAUCAAAAGAGAAACUAAAUGACUUUUUUACUGAAGUGCAAUAUUGUGUGUAACCUACUGUGUCUUAUUGCUUAAUAAUGGAUGUUCUGGUGUAAAAAUAUUAUUAAACAGAGAUUCAUAUUUAUGGAAAGCGUCAGAAAUCAGUACUUUCAUCAGGCAUGAAAAUCAAGCGAAGGAUUUCAGAGCUGUACAUGGUUAUUUACAAUGUUGAACACACUGAUACCCUGUAGUGUGCCUUUUAUAAUUAAACCGGAUUUAAUUCCAAA